AUGGCCGAUCGUUCCUAUUUGUAUGUAUAUUAUCUCUUUGAAGGUGCGUGGCAAGGUUGGGCUCAUACUCAAAAUUUCAGCGAAAUUCGUCUAAAAUGUAUGCAAACCCUGUUAGCUACGAAAGGUUGGGAUUUGUUCGAUGUUCAACUUUUACUUGAUAUUCCUCUUAUUCCCCGAACAAAUGACGGUUGGCUUUAUCGAGAACGUCGACAACUCAAUUUCGCAAGUACAAAGAAAUUCAAUAAAGUUGAUGGCAUUUCAUUUGAUACAGAAUCUGGCCAAGUACAAUUUUCCUUUCAACCCGUCACAUUGAAAUCUGGUGAAGCUAUGUUUGAUAGUAAUGAUGUUAUCGAAGUAUUUCAACGAGGUCUCACUAGUUGUUUUUUUACUCUCAAUCAACCUGAUAACAAUUUUCACGCUCAUCCAUUUCAAGAAAUGCUCUACUAUCCAUCUUCACUUCUCUACACUCAAUAUUGUGCUACUCUACUACAUACGGAUUAUCUCUUAAAAAUGUUUACCAGCGGUACGGAAGUCUGUGCCAAACCGCCCUUUGAAAUGCGCCCCAUUAGCGGCAGUUUCUUCGAACGUCUGCCAGUACACUUGCAACAAAAACUGAAACCUCUUCAUGAUCGUGAACGGAAUUUUAGCUUCGGACGAGCUCAUCGAUUCUGGAUCGAAGCGGAUGAAGUCAUUUAUGAACGAAAACUCGUAGGCAAUCAAAUCCAGUAUCGUGUUGACGAUGUUCGACUACGUGUUCGCAAGCAUUUACUUAUACGAGAUGCGGAGGGUAAAUUGGUCGAUGAUGAAGAGGCGAAUGAGAGUGAAGAAGAAAAAUGCUCGGCCGAAAGUCAAUUUGCCAAAGCUUUUACCGAUCAUUACGAUGAGACUGGCUCAUAUUUUCCUGAACUUCUGCGUCUCAAAGAAUUACUCAAGCUUAGUGCUCUUUACAUCUUUGCACGCAGUCGAUAUGAACACUUGAAGGCACCAGUAAAUCCGUAUCCGAUUCAGUGCCAUCUAGCUGAAUUGAGGACAAAGAUCGACUAUCCACAGACUACUGAUGAACAAAUCGAUCGAUACUAUAAUAUGGCUCUGUCCAAAAGUGAUAUUUCAUCGUGGAAUAUAUCUUCAUACGAAGAACAAAGUGCUCGAUCAAUGAUUCGGUCAAAAUUGGAAGAAGUUGAUCAAAAUAUUAUAGGUGACGCAGUUGUGAGCAUUUGUUCACAAGCUCAUAUUCCCAUUUCAAGUAUAGCGCGACUCUAUGUGAAAGCAUGGCUUGAUUAUCAAUUAGGUGGCACUGAGAAAUUAGCUCGCUUCAUUGCCAACGGACUUACUGCUCGUGAUUACGCAUUGAUGGGACCCAUUGAACAAUUAAAAAUUCGGGUUAGUGAGAAUGAAGAGAAGUACGAUCGAAUGAAACAUGCUGAUGAUACGUGCAAUUGGGUGCCAGCUGUCUUUUUAAAUAAAACAGGUAGUGGCAUGCACGUCUAUGGUGGCGUCAAUUUACAACUAAAAUUAACGGAAGGUCAGGUCCCAAUAAACAGUAUGAGUUCACGAUACGAUGCAGCUGACAUUUUUGCUGGUCAAACGAAUGUUUCAUCGACAGGUCCCCGCAAUCAACAAGAGUAUCAGACGAUGAAACAAAAUCUUAGUGUUGCAGCAGCCAGUAGUUCUGGAUCAUGUCAAGGCGACUUACCAAACGAAGGUACCUCCAUCGGGAGUCGUUCAAGUGUUGGUGCUUCAUCUGGAAAUGGCAACGGUAGAAAAGCUCCGUACGAUGUAGGAAAUUUAACAGGGAAAGAAUCAAAUGAUUCAAAUAAUGAUGUAAGCAAUUUUGUUGGUGGAAGUUAUACAAUUGUCACACCUAUCAAUAAAGUCACUCUUUACCGAUUAUAUGGAGGAAAAGCAGGCAAAGUCGGUCAAUAUUGGACUUUGGAAGAAAGAGAAGGUAAUUGGGGCACUAGACAUGACUUAGCGCUACUGGAUGAAUGGAAUUCGGUCAAAUUCAGUACUAAAAUUGAUAUUCCUGAAGGUGUGUACUUCAUAGUUGGCAGAGUAGCAGCUCAAAAAGGUGCUUUAGGUGGCAGCUUUCAAGCAUUUAUUCCAAGCAGGUAUUUGACACCAUUGUUUCCAACAUCAUCGCGUCGUCUUUAUCAUCAUCCAACAUCAGAGCACACAUGCGGUGAACAACAUCGUGAUGAAAUUGCUGUCUACGGGUCGCAAUAUUUUAUAUAA